UUUCAUGAUUUAUUCAGGGUUUCUUACAUACUUUUGAAUCGUUCCCUCAAUUAUUGAUAUCGUCUCAUUGGGCAGCAAUACAAUUAAACAAAAACAAAUGGAUAACGCCCUAUAAAUCGUGGGAACGAAGCAAAAAACUAUUAAAAGCAACCAAAAAUGUUUGGGAAACCAUCAAAACACGUUUGGGAACCCUGUGUUGUUUUGCAAAUCAGCCGGCAUCGCCUGGAGCUCGCACGCUGGCCACAAUUUCCGCAGUUUUUUGUGAAUAAAACAAAUUAAAUCGCUAUGAAAGCCAUAAUACAGCGUGUAACGUGUGCGAAGGUAACGGUGGGCGAUGAACUGGUGAGCUCGAUCGGUCGUGGCUUGUGCGUGCUGGUCGGCAUCUCUUCCGACGACAACGCCAACGACGUGGAGUGGAUGGCACGGAAGUUACUUAAUUUGCGGCUGUUUGAGAACCCUUCCACCGGCAAACGAUGGUCGGAAUCGGUGGUGGAUCUGCAGCUGGAGAUGCUGUGCGUCAGCCAGUUCACGCUGUACCAUCGGUUGAAGGGCAACCGUCCCGAUUUCAGUCGAGCCAUGCAGGGACCGGAGGCGCAGCAGCUGUACGAAUCGCUGCUGCAGAGGAUGCGGAACGAGUACGCGACGGAGCGCAUACUGGAUGGGCGGUUCGGGGCGAUGAUGCAGGUGCACGUGGUGAACGAUGGGCCGGUUACGCUGGAAAUUGAAUCUCCGGUACCGAGCGAAUACGAGCGGCAAAAGCUGCAGCGAGCGUGCGAACGGAAUGCGAAAUCGGACAAGCCGGUGGGGAGGAAGGGCACGGAUGGUGGUGCUGAGGGUACGAGUGGAAAGGUUAGCAAGGAAUCGGAAAGCAGUUCAUGAACACAGUGCUUUAAUAAAAUAUAAUUUUAUUGCCAAUUA